UCCGCGGUCGCCAGCCAGGUGGGCCCGCCCAGCGCUCCUCCUCCCGAAUCUGGCCCUGGAACGGGAGGAGCGAGGACCGGAGCUUUGGAAUUCCGAGCUGGAGCGGCCACCCCAAUACCCUUCCGUUCUUUUACCCAAGAGUUAAAAAAAGAAAACAAAAACAAAACCGAAAUCCAGAGAUGGAGUGACUUUCCCAAGGUCACAGACUUGUAUCUGCCCCUUACAAAUGUCUAUUCUUUUAUUUAAGUGUUUGUAAAUAGACUGUUUCCUCUGUUCUGCCAGGGAAUUAGGAUUCAGGGAAGAGGACUCUAAAAAUACUAAUCAGCAGAUCCAAAUGAGCUGAUCCGUAUUACUGGCCGGUGACCCUGGCAUUUAGAAGGAAAUAAGCGAGGACGGUUCUUUUCACUCUGGGUACUUUGUAUUUCUGGCCCUUGCUCUGAAAAUUGGCCUAGAUGUUUUACAAAAUUUAUCUCAGAACUCCUUGUCAGAACUGGGCCAGAUUAGAGUUUUCAAUCCUCUUUUCUUCUCUCUUCCCCCCAUUUUUUUAACGGAGGCUCAAGAGGUGAAAGUGAUUCGCCCACACUUUUAUGCCUAGUUAGGGGCACAGACAGAAUUGGAACUCAGGACUGUGAUUGACGCCUACUGUUUUCAUGAAUAGAAGCCUGAUUUCAGAUGAACGCUUUACAGAACUUGACCUUCAUCAAGCUCUCUCUGGAUAGCAUUCUCGGGAGUGCUUUGUGUUGGUCCAUGGAUAGUAUUUCACUUGUCAGAAUAGGGUUAAGCAAUAAGUGUAGCCAUGCAGAAAAUUCCUGCUGAGAUGAGACACAUAUCUGCAAUGUUUUCGACUUUUUUAUUUGUACUUUCAAUAGAGGAGCUAACGAGUAUUAAUAACAACAUCUUGGUUACUUUAAGAUUUUAGUCCUGUAUGGCCAAAUUGAUUCAGUUACAGUCAUUCUUGGCUUGAUAUAUUUGUCAUCAGUAAAAAUUUCAAAGCGUAGCUUUCUGACUUUGUUUGAUGUUUAACUGAAUAACUGCCUUAAGGAUAUUUUUUAUAUCUCAACAAAAAUUUCCCACUUAUACCUUCUGCUUCCCCCUUGAUCAGUCUUUGAGUUGGAUUUCAGAACUAGGAUUUUUUUUUUUCCUUCCAAAAUACCUAGACUCCUUUUAGUUCCCUAUUCAGGUUUACCUCAAGUUUUGAUUUUAAUUGAUAAACCUGUGACCCGAAUCCAAACUUCAGUUGAAUUUAGUAUCAGCUUCAAACCACACAAAACUGCUAUGAGUCAUAUGACCUCUUGUAGAAACCACAGGUGGUGGUACUGUUUUUUCGAGAGAGCUUCUUAUUGGGAUUUUUGAAGUGUGAACACAUUAUCUACUACAUGUAUUGUAUUCAAGGUCAGUCACCACUGGCAGGUUAUUGUUGACAUUUACUCAUCGUAACAACACGUUUUAUCAGGCAGUCUACCAACUCAGAAUGCAGUUCCUGGUUUUCGGUUUAGAGCUUUUAUCAUCUCUAAGGAACAUGGAAUCAGAAUUACAGCCACGCUUUAAUGGAAGAUUCUUGGCUGUGUCGAAAGGAAGAAGUGUUUCAGUGAAGGCGGUAUUUUUGUACUAUCCUAGAGUUGGAAUGAAGAUUAUAUGCAAAUUGACCCAAUGCUGUUUUCUUAGGGCGCAUCCUUUGUUUUUCUGGUUUUGGUCUUUUCAUCAUAGGAUGGCAUUAGCUCUGUGUCCGCAGGUGCUGUGCAGCCUGGGGGGCUGGCUCUCACUCUACAUUUCUUUCUGCCACCUGAAUAAGCACCGAAGCUAUGAGUGGAGCUGCCGGCUGGUUACAUUCACCCAUGGAAUCCUCUCUAUAGGCCUCUCAGCUUAUAUUGGCUUCAUUGAUGGCCCCUGGCCUUUUACCCAUCCAGGCUCACCCAAUACUCCUCUCCAGGUGCACGUUCUGUGUCUCACCUUGGGCUACUUCAUCUUCGACUUGGGCUGGUGCAUCUACUUCCAGUCUGAGGGGCCCCUGAUGCUAGCUCACCACACGCUGAGUAUCCUGGGCAUCAUCAUGGCCCUGGUGCUCGGGGAGUCAGGCACAGAGGUCAACGCGGUCCUCUUUGGAAGCGAGAUCACCAACCCCUUGCUACAGAUGCGCUGGUUUCUCCGUGAAACAGGCCACUACCACAGUUUCACUGGAGAUGUGGUGGACUUCCUCUUUGUGGCCCUGUUUACUGGAGUGAGGAUUGGUGUAGGAGCUCGCCUCCUUUUCUGUGAAAUGGUCUCCCCCAAGCCCAAGUGGUUUGUGAAGGUUGGGGGAGUAGCGAUGUACGCUGUGUCUUGGUGUUUCAUGUUUAGCAUCUGGCGCUUCGCAUGGAGGAAGAGCAUCAAGAAGUACCAUGCCUGGAGGAGCAGGUUGAGUGAGGAGCGGCAGCAAAAGCACAACGGCCAUCUCAAAACGCACUAGCCAAGGCUUUCUCCAGACGGGGGACUGGGUUCAGCCAGCCACGGGACCCAGGUUGGAGAUACGGCUGUUACAGAAUCAGGCUUACGACGAACUGAGGUUUCACAAAAGGGCUACACCUUAUCGGUCAGUUUGGUCAGUCUUCGAGUGGAGCCCACACUAGUAUUAAAACACUAACGUCUACCGUGGCGCGGUUGUAGAAAAGCGAGACUACUCGGUGGUAGUUGUGAGUACGGCAGCGCCAUGAGGUGAGCAGUGCUGCAUUCCUGUUAGUUCCUGGUGUCCCUGGAUCCUCUUGUCUCUGGGAUGCCUGACGGCUAGACAGCUCAGGAAGGAAUUUGAGAAUCCCUUCGAGAACUGACUCCUUGAACAAACCCUUAUUCCCGCUUUCCAUGUAGCAGUUUAAAUAAAGUCACCCCAUUUACUAUAAAGGGAGGGACUUUCAGGAAGAUGAAUGUCUGACAUCUGAGCAUCGGAUCAGGGGACCGGAUGUGCUCACACAAAGGGAAAGAGCUGAGAGGAGGAUGGGGUGAAACUGGCCUUAGUAAUGGGUCACUUCUUGAGGCCUCCCUAUACCAACUGUUGAGGGUCCCCAAGACCCCCCCCCCAGUUUUGGUGCUUUGCUUGGGGGAUUCACAUGACUCAGAAUGUAGUCAAGCUCCUAGCUGUGAUCAAUUACAGUGAAGGGGUACAAAGAGGGCAGCAAAGGGAAAAGGUGCCAGGGGCAGAGUCGAAGGGAAACCAGGCCCAGGCUUCCAGAGUCCUCUCCCAGUGGGAUCACCCAGGAUGUGCUUCAUUGCCCUAACAACAGUUUGUGGCCAGAUGUGUAAAAUGGCCAACGAGGAAGCUCAUUAGCUGCUCAGUGCCCAAGUUUUUUCUUGGGGGCUGGUCAUGUAGGCAGCCAUUGCCUGGCAUGGAGCAAAAUUCCUGACUCCCAGCAGGAAAGUAGCUGUUCAGCAUGAACCAUAUUGUUUGCACAAACAGCUGAGGCAUGGUGAGCCAUUCUCAGCAGUUAGUGGAGGGAGCGUUCCCGAAAUCUAAGUUCCCAGACGCCAGCUAAGGGCCAACCUUGCAAGUUGGCCUUCCCAAGGACAGGAGUUCAGGCCUGCCCUGUUAACUCUUUUCUGCAUAAAAACCAGAGAGCUAGGGCUUUGGGUGAGAGAUGAAUGAGGUGUGGGCAGAUUUACCAAGUCCUGUUGUACGGGUUCUGCCCUACCAGGAAAACUAUGCCAAUUCUCAGGGCUUUUGUGCAUUAAUCUCCCAGGCAUGAGAGGCUGUGAGUGAAUUCCAUAGGGAUUUACCAUGUGGAUUCCACUGUGCUUGAGAUGGCAGUUCAAGUUUCAGCUCUGCUAUACGUACUGCAAACCAGAACCAAAGACAAGUGUACUGGCCGCAGGGUGAUGAGGCUAAUUUUUUUUUUUUUUUAAUUUCAUAUACGUUCCCUUUAGCCCUCUUAACUACCUUUUCUUUUCUCUGAAAAAGAUGCCCCUCUCUAUGGAUAAAGUAUUAUGACAAGGGCAGUCUCGGAAGGGAACAAAAUAUUUCUUAGUGCAAUAGUCUCUAAUCUCACCCAGGGAAAGCGAGAAUGUAAGCUUAGAACGAGAGGUUAGGAAUCAAGACUUCCUGGGUUCUUUUAACUAAUUUGGCUGCUCACUUGCCAGAUCAAUUGGGCAGGUCACUUGUGUACUCUUUGUCUCGGUUUAAACCCUGUGGUGAAUGAAUGAAAUACCCCGUUGUGUAUUUCAUAGCAACACUGUGGCAUUUUAUUAAGGGGUGUCUUUAAUGUAGGACUUUUAUGGAAAAAAAUAAGUAUUAUUUAUUUAUUUGCUGUUUAUUUAUUUAUUUGAUUAUGUAUUAUGUUAUUGAGACCACUGGGGAUUGAUCUCAGUUAGUGAGCAAAUGUGUGGGGCCACUGAAGGCUAAGCCUAGGUUGAUAGGAAGUUUCCACCCAUUGUGUGGUCACUGGUAAUACUAACCUAAUGAGUGGUCUUGAAAAUGGAUGUCACUGGCCAGGCAUGAUGGAGCGUUGGAACCGCAUGAAGUCAUUGUUGCUCUGGCAAAAGCAGCUUUCAAGGCAUGUUAACAGCGGGUCUUUUAAAAUGACUGUCAUCUGGUUAACGAGUUUUGCUGCACAUGGAAAUAAUCUGACAGUAGCGUCUCCGUCUCUUUUCUUCUGUGAUCGGGAUCCCCAGAAUGCUGGUGAGCUCCUUUCCAACAAAACUGUGGUCAAAGUAGGAUGCUGGGGAAUGCUGAUUUUAGCAAAAGCCUAGUAAAAAAGAGUGGCUUGGCGCAGGAGCUUAAAAAAAGAAAAAGCUGGCUCUUGAAUUUUGGCACAGUGCAACCUGUUUCAUACCAGACAAAUGAAUAGGCUUAAUCUGGUACCAAUUUUUUUUUUUUUUCCUUUUUACUCCUCAGAAGUGAAGGGAUUGCAGACCUUGCUGUUUUAGGGGUACUCUCAUGGGAAUGUACAUAGGUUUCUUUUGGAUUUUGAAUGACCUAAAUAAUAAGAGAAGAAAAAUUGUUCAUUUCCGCUUUUCUUGAUGUUUUAACUAAUAACUAUGAAGGAACCUCCCUGAGAGAAAAAUGGGACAUUAAGGUGAGUCAGCAGUUAAGAUGCUAUGUUUCUUUCUUUUUUUUUUUUUUUAAAGAUUUUAUUUAUUUAUUUGAGA